CAAAUUCGCUCGUCUUAGGGCAGCGCAAAGAACGCGGAUACUACGGGUCCUACAUCCGGACGGUCAGAAUUGCAAUCGGACACGAGUCCUCCGAAAUGCGGAUAUGGUCUCCGCGAAUGAAACACAUAGGUAUCCCUUGCCGGAUCGGAAAGGACGCCGUCGAAUGUGGAUAUGGAUAUCGUGCCAUCCGUGUUGCACCCGCGUCCUGUCCGCGCUGCCGCGAUGUCCGACGUCCCGACGCAAAAUCGCAUAAAUAGCCAACGCAAACUCACUCAAGCUCAUCGAAUCUGCACAGACACGAACAACUCCAACUUUACACUGUCUUAACAUCUAUCGUCUUACGCUAUGUUCCCCAAAGCUGCUCUCGUUGCUACCGUCACUCUUGCGCUGCUCGGCUCUGCGAACCCUGUUGACCGGGGAACGGGAUGUCGAUCUCUUUCGCGAAGCGCAGUGGACUUACCACGGAGGACGGCGUCUUUGACCAUCAGAGGGCCAUCCUUAGUGUGAUCCAGACUCACAACAAACAUCGCAGGAACUUGAUGAACCUGCAGGAAAACGAUGCCAGUAGCAUGAACGAGGGAGCUGAGGUCAAACCCCUCCGCACAUAUGAUGUUCUGGACAAGCGCCAGAACGAACCUACCACUGAUGAAGAGGGUGACCUCGAGUGGGCUGGUACCAUCUCUAUCGGCACUCCUGCGCAAAACUUCCUGAUCGAUUUUGACACCGGCUCCGCUGACCUGUGGGUGCCAUCAAUCAACUGCACUCAGUCUGCGUGCAGUUCCAAGCACAAAUACAACUCUGCAAACUCAUCGACGUCGGCGAUGCGGUCGGGCACGUUCUCUAUUCAAUAUGGAGAUGGGUCUACGUCCUCUGGGCCCGUCUUCACCGAUACCGUCAGCGUCGCCGGCAUCAAGUCGACAGCGCAGCGCCUCUCCGCUGUGACAUCGCUGUCGAGCAGCUUCGCCAAUGACCCUAUCGACGGCAUCCUCGGUAUGGCUUAUCAGAAGAUCUCGGCACUCGGUCAGCCGCCAUUCGUCAAUCAGGCGAAGUCUGAGGGCAGCAUCAAGACCGCUACGUUCGGCAUGAAGCUCGCGCAGACUGGGUCCGAGCUGUACAUCGGUGGGACGGACACGUCCCUCUACAAGGGCCCGGUCGAAUACCACAGCGUUACCGGCUCUGGCUUCUGGCAGAUCUCCGGAGCAAGCGCGCAUGUCAACAAUAUGACUGCUAACUCUGGGUUCCAAACCGUCAUUGAUAGUGGCACUACCAUCAUGUAUGGACCGCCCAAUGCCGUUAAGACAUUCUACGCGUCCGUGCCGGGGUCAUCCGAAUUUGACUCGGAGAACGGCUUCUACCAGUUCCCAUGCAAGUCGGUACCCUAUGUCGCGUUUAACUGGGGUGGAAAGAACUGGAAUGUCAGCGCCCAGAACUUCAACCUCGGGCAGACGUCGAGCGGGUCUCAGUACUGCGUCGGCGCCUUGGCAGGCCAGGACCUCGGUCUCGGCAACAACGUCUGGUUGCUUGGGGACAGCUUUAUGAAGAACGUGUACUCCGUGUUUUCGUUCGAUCAGAACUCCGUCGGUUUUGCCACCCUGUCAUAGGGUUGGUUGGAUCGGGAGACGGUAUCAAUCUGUACACACGGUCAUAGUACCCACUCAUAACGAACAAAAAUG